CCUCCUUGAGUCCUUGUGUGUGGUUCACAUAUUUCCCUACCUUAUCUUUCAUUUCUUCCCGCUUUCAUUUCUUUGCAACCAUCCGGUGAAAGCUUGCUUUCUUCCAAAAACAUAUAUUUUUUUUAGCAUCUGUCAACAAGCAUAAGCAUACCUUCAAUGGCUUCUUCAAGUUCACACGUUCACAACAAGAACUACGUGUAUGAUGUGUUUCUUAGCUUCAGUGGUGAAGACACUCGCAAGACCUUCGUUGAUCAUCUUUAUGCUGCUCUUGAUCAACAAGGUAUUUGCACCUUCAAGGACGAUGAGAAACUCCAGAAAGGAAAAGAGAUAAAUGAGGAGCUCUUACAGUCUAUUCAAGACUCCAGAUGCUACAUAAUUGUGUUCUCUAAACGCUAUGCGUCUUCAUCAUGGUGCUUAAACGAGCUUUUGAAGAUCAUGGAGUGUCACAAGACGAACGAGCAGACGGCUUUCCCCGUGUGGAUCCCUCUGAUGUCUGAAAACAAACUGGAUCUGUCGGAGAGGCACUUGCGGUACAUAAGAAUAAGAGUGAAUCAGAGGUUGGAAAAUGGAGAGAGGCACUUAAAGAAGCAGCCAAUUUGUCUGGUUGGGAUGUCAGGAAGACUGCUAACGGGCAUGAAGCUCAAGUCAUUAAAUUAAUUGUUGAAAAGGUUUCACUCAACUUAUGGCACACUAUAGUUAUGUCGAUGAGAAUUUAGUAGGCAUGGAUCAAAGGAUGCAGGAUCUCGAUAGAAGUUUAGAGAUUGGUUUAAGUGAUAUUCGCAUGAUAGGCAUCAAGGGCAUGGGAGGUAUAGGGAAAACAACUCUAGCCCGGGCUAUGUUUGAUAAAAUAUCCAUUAAGUUUGAAGGUAAAAGCUUUGUAGAGAAUGUGAAGGAAAAAACCUCUAAGUUCGGUUUGGAGAAGUUGCAAGAACAAGUCCUUAGAGAUGUGUUAAAGGAUAAAUGCAUUAGUGUACAAGGUGUUCAUGACGGGAGAAAAUUAAUGAGAAAGAGGUUGCGUGGUACAAAAGUUCUUGUUGUUCUCGAUGAUGUGGAUCGUGAAGGGCAGCUUGAGGAAUUAGCUGGUGAUCCUAGUUGGUUUAAGUCGGGAAGUAGAAUUAUAAUUACAACUAGAGAUGAGCAGGUGCUCAACAUAUACACAGAGAAGUGGAUCCAUGAUGUCAACCUGUUAUCUACUGAGGAAGCGAUUCACCUCUUUAGUAGGCAUGCAUUUAGGAAAAAUAUUCCAACUCAAGAGUAUGAAAAUCAAUCACGCGAAGCUGUACGUUAUGCUGCUGGUCUCCCCUUAUCAAUUAGAGUUUUGGGUUCCCUUCUCCGUGAUAAAAAAAACUUCUGAAUGGAAAGAGGCACUAUCAAGACUUAAAAAAAUUCCGUCAGAGGAAACUCUUAAAGUAUUGGAACUAAGCUAUGAAAGCCUCGAGGAUGAUUACAAGGAAAUAUUUCUAGAUGUAGCAUGCUUCCUUAGACAUUGGAAGAAAGACGAUGCAAUAAGAAUGCUUGAAAGCUGUGGAUUUCAUGCAACAAAUGGUCUAAGAGUUCUUGAGCAAAAAUCUCUAAUCAAAAUUGUAGGAACGUUUCGAGGUGGAUUCAUAAACAUGCAUGACCGUGUGAUAGAAAUGGGCGAGAAUAUCGUACGCCGUGAGCAUCCUGAUGAGCCCGAGAGACAUAGCCGAUUAUGGGUUCAAGAGGAAAUUGAAUGUGUCUUGGCUGAUAACUCAGUAAUAAUCCAUUUUCUUGUAAUUAUGGUGGGAGAUGAAACUCACAAUUUUUUCGUUAGCUAUAACACAUAUUUUAUGAUCCUUGUUCUUGAAUUACAGGGUAGUGAAGCAACAAGAUGUAUAAUUCAGAGAAUCACUCCUGGUAUUUCUUUGGAAGGUAUGGGAAACAUGAAGAAGCUUAGAUGCCUUACUGUGAACUAUACGAAGUACAAAUUUGUUUCUGACUGUGUGAAGAUUGACGAAGUUCUUCAGUACUUUCCAAACUCGUUACGGUACCUAUAUUGGAUGGAAUACCCUUAUUGGUGUUUACCCAAAACAUUUAAAGCAAACAAUCUUGUAGCACUUGAAAUGUCUUUCAGCAAAAUCAAACAACUUUGGGAAGGGGGAAAGAUUAUGAAAAAGCUCAAAUUCCUUAAUCUGAGUAAUUCAAAAGAGUUAAGGAGCCUUGACCUUGGGCUGACACCCAAUCUUGAGAGGUUAAAUCUUGAAGAUUGUAAGAAAUUGGUAGCACUUGUCGUGCACGGUGGAUGUCUAAAAACCCUUGUCUAUCUAAACCUAAGUUACUGCGAUAGUUUGAAGUCUCUAUCUUUUAUCGAGCAGUUUGAAUCUCUUGAAGUUCUUGAUAUAGGUGGAUUAAAUCUCAAGGAAAUACCGGAUUACAUAAUCACAGGGCACUCCCGCAAUACUUUGCUAGAGCUGAAUCUUUCAUGGAACAUGAUAGAAGAAGUACCCUUAUCAAUUGGAAAUCUUCAUAAGCUUGUCUCUCUAAAUCUCUAUAAUUGCUCUAAUCUCAAGAGUCUUCCAGGAAGCAUUUGUAGUUUACAACAUUUGAGAACUCUUAACCUUUCUUACACUGUCACAAAGGAAUUGCCAGAGGACCUUGGCCAACUCGAAUGUUUAGAAGAGCUAGAUUUAACUUGUACAAAUGUUAAACAUCUCCCUGGUAGCAUUUGUAUAUUGAAGCAUCUCAAUACCCUAAUUCUUUGGGGAUGUAAAUAUCUUGAGAAGUUACCUGAGGAUGUUGGCCAAUUAGAAUCUUUGGGGAUAUUAGAUCUACGCAGUUGCUCUAAUUUAAGAGAAAUCCCCAACAGCAUUUGUAAGUUGAAAUGUCUCAAAGAGUUGAAGCUUUUUUGAUGUAAGAGGCUUGAAAAACUGCCAGAGGAACUAGGAAACUUAAAAUGCUUACAAUUAUUAGAUGUUCGGGAUACUGGCAUAACUCACCUUCCACAGAGCAUUUGUUCAAUGAAAGGGUUGACAAUCCAAAGAUUCGAAUUGAAAGAUCAAGUAUUAGAUGAUGAUUUUUUUCAGCUGUGCUUCAAAUAUGACUCUGAGAAGUGUCGAAUACAGGGUUUUCAACAUCUAAGAACUAUUGACCUUGGAAGAUGUGUCAUAGAAGAAGUGCCUGAGGCCCUUGGGCAAUUGGAAUGUUUAGAAGAGCUACAUUUAAAUUGUACAAAUGUUAAACAUCUACCUGAUACAAUUUGUAUGCUGAAACAUUUGAAAAAACUCUUUCUCAUAAGUUGUUUAUAUCUUGAAAAGUUACCUGAUGAUGUCGGCCAAUUAGAAUCAUUAGAGGAGAUAUAUCUAUUAAGGUGCUAUAAUAUAAGGGAUAUUCUGAAUAACAUUUGUACAUUGAAACAUCUGAAAAUGUUAGUUCUUGAAGGUUGUGGUAGCAUUGAAGAAUUGCCUGAGGCCGUAGGGCAAUUGGAAUGUUUAGAAGAGCUACAUUUAAGUUAUGCAGAUGUUAAGCAUCUCCCUGGUAGCAUUUGUAUGCUGAAACAUUUGAAAAAACUUGUUCUUCGACUUUGUGUACUUCUUGAGAAGUUGCCUGACGAUGUUGGCCAAUUAGAAUCCCUGGAGGUAUUAGCUCUACCAAGGUGCUAUAGUAUUAGAGAUAUUCCAAGCAGCGUUUGUAAGUUGAAAAAACUGAAAAUGCUGAACCUUUAUCAUUGUUUCUUUCUUGAGAAGUUACCAGAGGAUGUUGGCCAGUUAGAAUCUUUGGAGGGGUUAUAUCUAUUAAGGUGCUAUAAUAUAACAGAGAUUCCAAACAGCAUUUUUAUGUUGAAACAUCUCAAACGGUUGGACCUUGAAGGCUGUAGGAGACUCGAGAAACUGCCUGACGAACUGGGAGAAAUAGAAAAUUUGCAAAUGUUGGUUAUAUGGAAUACUGGCAUAAGUCAUCUUCCACGGAGCAUUUCUUUGUUGAAUGGUCUCAAAAUUUAUGGAUUCACAUUACACACAAACUCGGCUGCAUCCCUCCUAGUUAAUCAUUGAGCCCUCUCAGAUCUGCAGUUGUGAGUUGGCUACGGGAGACAUGCUGUCGACCUGCAGCUGCUCAAGAGCCGAAUCACAAGGAACCAUUAGAAAGGUAGCAGGUUUGUAGAUAUUUAAGUAGUCAGAUCUGAGUGUGUAACAUGUUACUUAACUGUCACUGAUCAACUGCUAGUGGAUGAUGCAGAUCUGAUCUAUGAAGGAUAAUGUGUAUUGCUGUUAAAUUGCUCAAAUAUAUGAAGGAUGCAGUGACUGUUACUCCAUCUGAGCUCUGAUAUCAUAGUUUGACCAAAGGUCAACUGUCGAUACAUGAACAUUUAAACCUUAAAUUAAACCAUAUUUAUGUGUUUUCAGAGCGUGUACAUUUACUCCCUAAAAUCUCCAGGGACUGAUGAAACCGGAAUCACCUCCUUUUAUACAUAAAAUUAUUAUUCCAUUUAGACUUGUGAACACGGUUUAACUUACUAUGGAAACUCAACUACUGUGAUUUUCAUUAAGGCUUGAGCUCAAUCUAGCUACAACAUUAUAUUCAAUCGGUUUCAAGGUUACGCAUUUUUAAACAUUUCUGGAAGAUAUUGGCUUGUCUUUCUCAAACUUAGAGACUUGACAAUGAUCUUUAACUUGAAGAUUUUGAGAUAGUCAUAAACCUUUCAUUUCUUUGCUAAAAGCUCACUGAUUUGAACUUUGACUCUGUUUUUUAACUUCUUUUUCCUUUUCUAGGAUCCAUUAUCCAUAUUGAUACAAAGAAACAACAGAUGGUCCAGUCGACUUUAGCGUAAAAGAGGCACAAUGAAGCAGGUACGUGCCCGUAUGUUACAGACACAAGAGGAAUUAAAUUGUGUAAACCGUAAACAAGGGACACGGGGCCGUGAGAACACUUUCAAACCACAGGGGCUUAAAUAAGAGUAUAAGACUCCUCUU